AUGCCUCUCAGCUGGGACCCUGACUUCGCCAAAGUUUUUGUGCCGUUUCAGGCCCUUAAACCUCCAAAGCCGGCGGUGCACGAUGUCCAAACGCGGCGGCAUAAUCUCGAUGCCUCCUAUGGUGCUUUGUUCGCAGCACUUCCUGAUGUCUCCGACGUGCAACACACUAUCCACCAAGUCAAAUCGAGCGAUGGGCAUACCAUUUCUGUCUAUCGCUUCUUUCCCAAGAGCUGGACUCCUGAGGCUGCCCCGGGCCCCGCCCUUUUACACACCCAUGGCGGUGGUAUGAUUCAGGGCAAUGUCAAACUGUUCAUCAAGCCUAUGUCCCUGAUGGUGCAGGAAACGGGUGUGCAGAUAUUUUCGGUUGACUACCGAUUGGCCCCCGAACAUCGUAAUCAGACGGAAGAUGCCUACGCGGGGCUGGUUUGGCUGCACGAGAACGCCGACAAGUUUGCCGUGGACCGUAGCAGAAUCGCUACGUAUGGUGAAAGCGCGGGCGGGAAUCUUGCUACAGCGUUGGCUCUUCUGGCCCGGGAUCGAGGAUUGUCUCCGCCGCUGGCCAAACAGAUACUGAUCUACCCCAUGUUGGAUGAUCGGAACACGAUUCCUAACCCUGAAGUGGAGCAAUUCGCGACUUGGACGGCCGCAGACAACAUCACUGCCUGGUCGGCUUUGCUGGGUGAAGAUGGCAUUGGCAAGGACGAUGUCUCGCCGUACGUGGCGCCCGCUCGAGCGAAGAGCCUGGAAGGAUUGCCACCGACGUAUAUCGAUGUGGGCGAGUUGGAUAUCUUCCGCGAUGAGAGCAUAGCCUACGCAGCGAGAAUUGCAGCAGCCAACAUCAGUCUCGAGUUUCAUGUAUACCCUGGCGUGAAUCAUGGCUUUGAUGCAUUGGCGCCAAGGAUUCCAGUGACCCAAAGGGCUCUGGAGAACCGUUACCGGGUUUUUAAGAGCUUGUAA